AUGGCCGCGUUUCGAGCACGCAUGUCCGGUGUACUCCCCAAUAGUAUAGACAACUCGCCUGCCGACGACAACGUCUUUACGACCGCGACCAGCUUCCAGCACAUCAUCCACUCAACACCUCAGCGCAACAUGGACGACUCGGGCGGCCGAUCUCUGCCCCUACACUAUGAUCAAUACCCGGAUAGCGAGGCGAGCGCCGAUAUGUCGAUAGAAAUUGGCCGAGGCGUCCAGAAUGGUACGCGACAAGAGCAGGGCGAUAUGUCAUCCGACGCCAUUUUCAGCUUCGGAAACGACAACAGCCAGUACGAAAUCGCCGGUACACCUCCAGUCAGAGCUCGCCCGAACCAGCGCAGAGCGGAUGGUCAAUUGCGCAAAGAAGCAUCAGUACGCCGAGCAACUGAGUCUACUAAGGCCAAUGACGCCCUCAAGAGGAACACGAGUAGUGGAAAGCAGCGAGCUGUAUCGGACAAUUCGCCGAGGUUGCACUUUGAUGAUGAGACGGAAGACAUAAUACAGCCCACAGCAACCUUUCGAGUGAAGAGUUCGCGCUUCUCCAGUGGUCAGCACGUCUCGGCUAGCUACGGCGGCCUGCCCUCGAGAUUUACUGCGGACGGCGGCCUGCAGUUCUCGCAACAGACUCCUCGUCGCCAGAAUGCUGUAAGCGGAGUCGCCGAGUCGACAACGCAGUCUGCGAAACAGUCCUUCAUGCUGCCCGAUCUUCCUAACAUGACAGAGCUCAUCUCCGGCGUGCGCAUGGAUGGCACCCCGGUCUUCCAGCGAAGGACGGCUUCCCGCUCUCGAUUCACAUCAGCUUCCUACAGGACACAAACACAAACACAUAUUCCGGUGAAUGGAGUCCCCAUUCCGGAGGAAGAGAAAGCGAUUGUCGCGUCUCUGAACAUGCUGCAUGAUAGAGUCGCGCAGCUUGAAAUGGACAAGAGCGAGGCACAGAAGCGCAUUGAAGAGUACGAGGGCGAAAUCAUCGAUCUACGCAGUCAGUUGCAUGUGGCUUCCAGACGCCCAGACAGCGCCCUAGGCUCCGAUGAUGACACUGGAGAGACACGAGGCGCAAGAGAAGAGAAGGCAAGACUGCAAGCGAAAGUGAAGGCUCUGCAAGAUCGAUUGGACAGAACCGAGCGAAAGGUCAGCGUGUCGGAGAUCGCAGUUACGCGUGUCACCCGUGAGCGUGAUGCAAUGCUGGCACAGAUUGGCAGUGCAUAUUACCAAAACGAAGAGCUGGUAAAGGAGAAUCAGAGUCUCCGUGAGAGCCAUGGUGAUUUGCAGGCGGAAAACGAAGAUUUGAAGGCCGAGCUCGAGGAGCUGAGGAACGGAAAUGCAAAGCUGCACCAGCAAGCGUCACUCGCGAAGGGAACGAUGAAUGUGGCAAGAGCGCCGCUAGAGAGAAAGCGAUCAGUGUCGAAAGCCGGCGGACCCAAAGCAUCAAAGCCAGAUCGAGAAGAAGCUGAGCAGAGCGGCUCAUGGCAUACACGUCAAAGUCGUAAGAAGUCAGACCUCAGUAUCCACCAUAAGACCGAGAGCCGGUCAUUCCCAGCUCUGGACGGCGAGAAUGGAGUGGCAAGAAAGAAAGACUGUAUGGAUUCGGCUUUCGUCAAUGAUCUUGCCUCUCGCAUUGAGCAAGAAGUUCGAAAAUACCGGGACGAGGCUGCUGCGAGAGCCCAAGGGCCUGCCCAGACUCAAGAGCAGACUCUUGGAGCUGGUAAUGCGAGGUCGCGCUCCAAGUCUCGAACCCACAAGCAAGCAGUCAACCGAGAGCUUUCCAUCCCCAGGAGGCCAGCGUCUGCCCCUAGUGAUGUUGAGUUUCAGGAGCGCGAGGCGACAACUGAGCUUGAUCUGACUCGCAUGUCCCAGCGCUCGCAUGCCAGAAAUCGGGCCGUCGAUGAGGACGAUUCUGACCGGACCGAGCUCAGUGACUUGGACGCCGAGGCCGUUGCGAAUCUGCGUAGGAAGUUGGAGGAAGAGCGGCGAUUGGCACGUCUCAGCAGCAAGCAACAAGCUGCCACAACCCACGAGGACGGGACCACACGCUCGGCGACCCGUCAAAGCCUACCUCGCAAAUCCUCGUUGAAGGACGUGACUUCGCGCACGGAUGAUGGCACCCACCAGUUCAGUCUUCACGGCGCGACAAUGGAUGAUAUUGUCAAGGGUCAGAAGACUGUGCGCGUACAGUCACCUCACUCAUCCUUUGACGUGAUGGAUCCCGAGGCACAGGACGGCGCAGACCAAGAUGUGUCGAUUCUGAGCAAUACCAGUCGUCGCCGACGUCGUACGGCCAGCGUUGAGGGCAUGACAUCUGCCUUCAUCAUUCCCGACAUCACAAUGAACGCUAGCCAAGCUCUGCCAGCUCACGUGGGAAACACAUGCAUCCAGCAUGACGCGCAGAGCUGCACGCUCUGCACGAAGGACGGAAAGUCUGUUGAGAUCCACAUGCCUAUACCCGUCACGGAUCGCGAAGAAAUGGGCGAUGUGACUAAUGCUACGAUUCGACCAUCUCAAUCGCCCGCGCUGGCUCUCGCUACCGUCAUCAAGAACUUGGAAGACGAGGUUGUCCACCUGAAGAUGCAGCGUGAGGGGCAGAAUCGCCUGUACAACCAGCACGACCCGGCGUUGUCGAAGCGCAAGCGACAGAAUGUCAAGAGCGAGAUGGACCGACUGACGGAGCUGAUCGAGAAGCGCAGCGAUCAGGUCUACGCUCUGUUCGAUGUUGUUGAGGGACAGAAGCAAGCUGCCGAAGCGGCUAGGGCGAGAGGCGAAGAGGUCGACGAGAUGAAUGAUCAGGAUGUGGAAGAGACGCUCAACAGUAUUGGUCUUGAUCCCGCCGAGCUGUCGGGACGCGUGGGGAGAAAGGCGCCUGAGGGAUUGGAGGAGAUGGAUGGUAUGAGCGACGAAAGCGAAUUGCCGUGGGAGGGACUCAGUGAUGUGGAGUAG